GAAUUUUUUGUUGUGCAGAUUGCCAUGGAAGAAGAACCUGUAAUAAAAGAAGAGCCGUAUUCAGACGGUGAGUUGGAUCCACUGCAGACAAACAGUGAAACUGCUGGAGAGAGUGAGGAAGAGAACCCGUGCACUGCAGAGCCAGCAGCAUCUUCCAAUCUGAAGGAUGGUUCCAUACAGAUUCCCGUUAAAGACGUAAAAGAAGAACCGGAAUCGAUAGUAGUGGAACCAAACUUGCAUCUUGAAGAAAAUGAUGGAAACAGUGCUGAAGUAAAUCACCAGGCUGAAGCCUUGCCUGCUAGUGGAAGUGGCCUGACAUCAGCACUUCAGCACAGCCAAGGGGUAUGUGUGGACAACAAGGAUACAUAUUUCAUAUGUGGGGAGUGUGGAAAAAGAUUUAAAGUAUUAACAAAAGUGUGGGUGUUCUCCUACAGAAAAUCCAUGAAGCACUUGGCCCUGGGAGACGGAAAGCACGUAGAAACUGAUCCACACAACCUUAGAAUGUAUCCAGCCAUCCUGGCAGACUGUUGCUGAUGUACAAUAUACAAAUGAAUCCUGUACCACAGUCCAAGAUGUGCAGCAUUCUCAGGUCAGUGAAGGACAGCCUAGGUCUAUAAGUUCCAGGGUCUGUAAGAUCCUGAGAAGAGGCUAAAUUCAUGCUCUGUCCGCCUUUACCCUUCAGAAAAUUACAUGAAGAUAGUGCCACUUUUAUUUCUCUUGUUCUGUUGCUGUAGUUUAC